UUUAAAGAGACUUCCCAAGGGUUUCAAGAUACUGUGCCUAAACGGACCACUUAUACUCUUAGUCAAAAAAAUGUACGACAAGCAAUACCUGAUGAUAAAACAUUAAUAAUCUCCAAUAUUGAUAAAAUCAGGUUUGAUCCACCAGGAAAGAAAUAUACAUCACAAAGAUAUCUUUUUUAUCUUGUCAUCCAAUUUGUUGAUAAUAUUUUCACCAGCCAACAAAAACAUCUAAUCGCCUUAGUUAUCUCUUUAUAUCGAGAUAAUAUUAAUGAAAAUCAAAUAAUCAAUUUAUGGUUCAAACUUACUAAAAAUAAUCUGACGGAUGAGACAUUAUCUGAGUACUACAGAAUUUUAGGAUAUGAUAAUCAAACUUAUGAACAAUUCACUAAAAUCUUGUCUUCUAUACAAACAUUAUCUAUAUUUGAUGUUUGUUCUUGA